AUGGAGACCCUACAUUGUGCUGACCCCAAAUCAUUGAUGUCUUCUACAUUCAGUUUCAAUAUGGCAAACUUCAAAUUGACCAAUGUCGAGGCUUCUCCUUGUAUUUUGAAAAGUGAAUCUGAUACAAAUAGCACUGGGCGGCCUGUUUCCAUUAUAUUAACAAGAACUCCUAGCACUCCAAGUAAUUAUGUCCAUGUGCUUCGUUGUUCAUCGUGUGAUUUUUCUACAUUGCUUCUCUCAACUCUAAGAGAACACAUUAAAAAUCAUCAUUCCUCGAUCGAGUCAAUUUUGCUGCUUUCAUGCCCUCAUUGUGGUAGCUCUUCGACUGAAAGAAAUCUGCUUGAUGAGCACAUGAAGCUUUAUCACUUUAACUUUGAGCCUGCGUCAUACAAAUUCGUGGAAUCUCGUUAUGCAAUAAUAACCUCGGAUUCAGCACCAGCAACAACCAUGACACUUCCUCUCACUAUCUCUCCGUCGACCACUGUCGGCAGUCUUCGAGUGGGCUUGACCAGUCCACCGCAUUUGCAGCCUCCAUCCUCAAAUUGCCCCUCCAAUUCCCCAGUUUCAAUAGCUGCUGCGCUACCACCACAGUCAUCAUCUCCUCCUACCAUUACUUCAGCGGUUGGUAGUGCUCCCUCCCGGCUUACGGCUCAGACCGACCCGGGUCCUACAAUUCCAGAGAGGACAAACACCGUUCAGGGCUCGCGCCGGCGAAAAGCCACCACACCCCGUCAUUACUCUCUGAGUUCUCUGAAUUUGAAUGCUUAUUGUCUGACGCUGUCUAUGCUCCGUACAACUUCAGUGGUGACUUCCAAUAUAGUGGCCGUGGGCCUGAGUGCUGGUGCUCGUGAAGGCAGCAGGCAGCCAAGCGGGGUUGGGGUGGUGGCAGGCCUUUGA